AUGAACGUUCUUAAUCGCAUGGAGGUGACCAAUCAGCAGACGCUGCUGGAUCUGGUUAACUCGCGGCCAGCUGGCACGCCGCUCAUCACCGUCAGCAACCACAUGGCAACGUACGAUUGGCUCCCGAUCUGCGCACCCGCCGCCCCCCAUCUCCCGCUCUCCCGCUUUCCCGCUCGCGCUCCCCCCCUCCCGCUCUCCCAAUUCCCCGCUCUCUCGCACCCCCUGCCCACGCCCUCUCUUCGCCCGCUUCCCCAACCCCUCGCUCUCUCACUCGCAGGGGUUGAUAGACGACCCGUUGCAGUGGGGCGGGCAGAGGACGAUCCGCUGCUGUGGGGCGGGCAGGGGGGCCUGCGCAUAAGGGACCCCAAGCUGUGCCGCUGGACGCUCACUGCCUCGGAGAUCUGCUUCACUGGCCUCCUUGACUCCUACAUCUUCUGCAUCGGCAAGAGCAUUCCGAUAACGCGCAACGAGGGAGUGUUUCAACCAGGCAUGGACGAGGCUCUGCUGCGAUUGCAGCAAGGCGACUGGCUCAACAUCUUCCCAGAGGCGCGCAUCAUACAGCAGCACGGCCCCCUGCCGCGCCUCAAGUGGGGCCUCGCCAGUCUGCUGGACCGCCUCUGCCCCUCGCUGCCGCCGCCCAUCCUGCUCUGCGUGGGGCACAGCGGCCUUGAGCGGAUCAUCCCUCAGAACUACCGCAACAACAAGCGGCCGUUGAUACCACUGUGGAACCAGCGUGUGAGCGUGGUGGUGGGGGAGCCCUUCUCCUUUGACCUUCCCUCUCUGCGCCAGCAAGCCAAGGAAGCUCUGCCGACAUUUGGCGCUGACGCUCUACUCCACUCGCCCGAGGUGCUGACUCAGCGGUUACAGGAGCUGAUGCAGCGUGGGGAACGGUCAGAACGGGCACAAGGAAUCGACCACAGAUUGGAGACUGGGGCAGGAGAAGGUGAAGGAGAAGCGGAGAUUGUGAAUGAGGAGAGGAUGGAGGAAGGGAGGAAGGAGGUGGAGAGGGAAGCGGAGGCAGCAGCGCUGAGGAGGAGGAUAGGGAAUGUGAUGGCAGUGGGGAGUGAGGAGACGAGGCGCAUGUAUGCCCACAUGAUGGAGGAUGUGCGGCAGAGGCUGGAAGCAGUGGUGAUGGAGGCACACGACAGGCAGCGGUGCAUGAAGUAG